ACACACACACACACACACACACACACACACACACACACACACACACACACACACACACACACACACACACACACACACACACACACACACACACACACACACACACACAGGGGUGUGUCCAUAAACUGUUUCUAGUCGACGUCUUCAGGAAUGUAAAUUAGUGUUAAUUGUGUUCCGACCGGACAACGCACAACUCUAUCUGAGAGAACAGCCGCUGCAGGAUGGAGGUGAAGGUGUAUGUGGACGGGGUUCCCCGGGUGGUCUGUGGGGUCACGGACAGCACCACCUGCGAGGAGGUGGUCAUCGCUCUGGCUCAAGCCCUCAGUCGCCCCGGCCGCUACACCCUCCAGGAGAAGUUCAAGGACUUCGAGCGCUGCGUGGCCCCCGGAGAGCGGCUCCUGGAGGCCCUGCACAAGUACGGGGAGCACGGCAAGGAGGUGCAGCUCACCCUCCUCCUCAACCACAGGCCCCCGCUCUUCUGGGACCCGGCACCCGGCGGCAGACCCCCGGACCCCCGAGACCCGCCCGGCCCCCCGCUGAGACGGAGGAGACCCGACCCGCGGUCCGGGACCCGGAAGGGCGGCGGCCCGCUCGCCAGCUCCGCCCAUCGCCAGAGUCUGCCGGUGCUGUCCCGGCUGCGGCAGGAAGAGGAAGAGGAGGGGCCUCUGGAGGAAGUCAAGAGGCCCAAGAGGAAAUCGUUGACGCUGAUGGACGCCUGGGGGUGGCUGGGGAGUCUGGGCCGCGGCCGGCUCCACUACUGCGUCAGCGACCCGGAGGGGAACAAGAUGACCGGGAAGGAGGGUACCGGCAACCUUCCGGAGGGCUCCGUCUGCUACGUUCCGGUUGCUUCCGGUUCUGUCGGGUCCCAGGAGGCCUCGGGCCAGGAGGGGUUCCUGAGCCGCGUCAGGAGGCGGAAGAGACAGAGCAGGGAGCGCCGAGCGUCGUGCUGCGGCACGGCCGAGAACGGCCCGGAUGAACCGCGCUUCAGGAAGUCAUUCCUAGGGGCCAAACACCAGACCCUAAGGGCCAAAGACCAGAACCCAGGGGCCAAAGACCAGACCCUAGGGGCCAAAGACCAGACCCUAGGGGCCAAAGACCAGACCCUAGGGGCCAAAGACCAGACCCUAGGGGCCAAAGACCAGAACCCAGGGGCCAAAGACCAGACCCUAGGGGCCAAAGACCAGAACCCAGGGGCCAAAGACGAGUCCCUAGUGGCCAAAGACCAGACCCUAGGGGCCAAAGACCAGAACCUAACGUCCAAAGACGGGGCCCUGGGGAGGGCGAGCAGGGCGGAAGAAGAGAAGAUCAAACUGAGAGAGCAAAUCACGUCUCAGGGCUCCCGACUGCGGGACCUCGACCUCCAGCUGUCGUCGGUGGACCGGCAGAUCCAGGAGCUGGAGGGCCAGCAGACGGAGGGACCGGCCCGGCCGGACAGCCGGCGGUCGUCCCAAGAACAGGAGGAGGAGGAGGAGGAUCAGAGGGAGGAGGUGCUGUUCUGGGAGCAGCAGCUGCAGGCGGAGCUGGGCUUCGAGGGGGACAUCCAGACCCAGUUCCUGGAGCUGCGGGAGAAAGCCCGGCAGUGCAAGGCCGAACUAGAGGAGUACCGGCGCAGGAUGCAGCGGCUGGCCUUCACCGCUGGGGCGACGCCGCCCGUCCAGAAGACAGUGGGGGAGGGGGAGGACCUCGGGACCCUGGGAAAAGGAGUCACCGAGAUCAGCCUCGCAGUGGAAACGUCUGAGGCGGCGGGCGGCGGAGAUACGGGCAGGAAGGAGACGCCCAGCCAGCCUCACGCUCCAGUGCCCCCAGAGCAGAUAAAGGAGAGGCGGCUGACCGGACCCACGGAGCUCGGGGAGUGGUGGAAGCGCUGGUCUGAGACCCAGAGCAAGGCAGCAGCGCCUCCAGCCCCGGUGCACCGCUCAGAGCUCACCAUCUACCUGGGCAGCGCCAAGGUUUAGAGCAGGGAUGCACCGAAAUGAAAAUUCUUGGCCGAAACCGAAUAUACUGAAACUGUUGGCCGAAACCGAAACCGAAUAUGGCUUUUGAUGUUUUUCAUUCAUUUUGCAUUAAUUUUUCACCAUUGCAUAAAUCAAACAAUUAAAUGUCCUUUAUAAACUUUGUCUUGCUUUUCUAUAAAAAAAAUCAAUUACAAAUUUGAUAGAAAUUUUUUAUUUAAUACUGAACGUUUUCUAACAUUAUAGCAGACAUUAUAGCAAGAAUUUAAGAACAAUGUACCUUUAAAUUAAUGAGUAAAACUUUUUAUUUUUUUAUAAAUAAAUAUGUUUAUGUGUAUUAUGUUCGGCCUUUUUACUCCUUCAGCCGAAACCGAACAUUGUUUUGGACCAUUUUCGGUGCAUCCCUAGUUUAGAGAAGGAAGAAGUUUACAUUAAGGGCAUUUAACAGACGCUUUUAUCUAAAGCGACUUACAAUAAUUACAUUUGUCAGAAGAGAAACAAUAUAUCGGUCGGUACAGUAAGGAUGGUCGUAGAAUAAGGAUGUUUGUUGACCCAAGUGCCAAGCACUUAGUCGUUAGGUUAACCCAUUCCCUGUAUACAUCAAAGAUAGCUAGGAUAAGAUGCUACACAAUGCUAAGUGCUAUUUUUAAGUGCAAGGACGUACAACAUACAAUAAGUGUGUACAUUAAUUACCAGAAGGGAUUACAUCAAGUGCCAUUUUUUAACUCCCAGUGCAGUAUGCGUCCACCCAGUUCCUCCCAUCCCCAGAAGGAAGGAUUAGUGGGUUCCUAAGUUGUAAACUUGACCGAUCAAGUAUUUUUGUUUUGGAACGUCAAUAUUUUUACAAUUGUCAAACACGAUUUGUCUAAAUGCCAUUAAGUUUGAAUCAGAUUUAUUAAUCGAUUUGUUUGGAAUGGAUGAAAAAUGCUGACCUUACAACAGAAACUAUUAAAAGAAAGUUUUAAAACCACUUUUAUUGUAAACCAUUGAGAAGGAAUAUCCAUGUUCCACCUGCUAUGCAUGCGCCGCCGCCUACCUACUAUAAAGUGAAUAUGCCUUUCCCAUAAAACAAAAAACACAAAUGAA